AUGAAUGUUUUGUUGUCGCCGCAGCCUCCAAUCUUCCCGCACCGCUACGAAAACUCUCGUCUCUCGCCUCAACGAUCUGUUUCGCCUCUGCCAAACAUGCCGAAUAGGAAACGGAAGGCGGAUGAAGAUGGGGAUGAAAACAUGUCGCCACACAGCUCACCAGCCAGCUCUUCCCGACCGCUAGCGCGCCCAUCGAAAAAGGCUCGAUCAAAUGAAUUGGUCGGCAGGCCGCUCGCCCUUCCGCGGCUUCUGGAGACCCUCGACGCUCGUGAAUUGCGAACUUUUCUAGAACGCAUAUGCAUGCGCUACCCCGACCUUGGCCAGGAGGUUGUCAGCGAGGCCCCUCGCCCAUCCGUGUCUGCUGUCUUGGGCGUAUUGCAGGAAUAUCAAAAGAAGCUGACCGAAGCGAUGCCAUAUGGCCAAUCCAGCCCUGAAUAUACGUACUACCGCAUCAAGGAACCCCUGGUUGCCCUUAUCGAUGCUCUAUCCGACUUCACGCCUCAGUACCUUCCACCCAACGAGACACAGCCGACCAAGUCGCUACAAUUUCUCGACGGCGCCACCAAGCUCAUUCACGACCUACCCGACUGGGAACCGCAAGCGUAUCGUCACCACAAAGAGAAUGCAUACGAUGAUAUUUCACGUGCUUGGGCUCUCGUCAUUUCCGAAGCAGGCAAACGAGGGGGGGGGUUCAACCUGCACUCGGGUGGAUGGGAUCAAAACCUCGCCAACCACAACGAGCGGUCCGGGGGACGUCUCGCCUCCGCCAUGGCAGCUAUGGCUAACAGUGUCGGCUGGAUGGGCCAAAGCUCCGGCUCCUUGGCGAACGCUUCUGAGCAAAACUCCAUCCUGAACCAACUCAUAUCAGGGGCCUAUGGCUCCCCUGUGCGCGUCGGACCUUUGUAG